AUGAUCAGUAGGUCUACUGUGUAUUCCCAUUGCACAAACAAGUGUCUAAUGCAUGGCACAUUAAUCAGUUGAAAACCAGGUGAGCUAAACAGAAGGCUUGGUGUCACUCUUGCAAGUGAAUUUUAAUCUUUUGCGUUCCAGGGUACAGGCUUUGGAGAGAAUUGUCACUAGAUCUAUUUAUAGCUCCAAGAAUCUUUUACUUUAAUUUUUUACCUUUAUUUCCUAGAACAUGGUGAUGAGUUUCAGAGUCUCAGAUCUUCAGAUGUUACUGGGCUUUGUUGGCCGGAGUAAGAGUGGACUUAAACACGAGCUGGUCACUAGAGCGUUGCAGCUGGUCCAGUUUGAUUGUAGCCCUGAAGUUUUCAAGAAAAUUAAAGAGCUCUAUGAGACUCGCUAUGCCAAGAAGAACUCUGAACCGGGGCAGCCACAGCAGCACCGACCUCCAGAGGCACUCUCCAUACAUUCUUCCUAUGACCGUGGGAGCACUGUUGCUAGGACUUCUCUUUCCACGCCUAACAUUGACUAUCCUGCACUCUAUGGGAAAUACCUUAACGGACUGGGGAGGUUACCACCCAAAGUUGUAAAGCCUGAAGUUCGGCUGGUGAAACUUCCCUUCUAUACCACCUUGGAUGAACUGCUGAAGCCAACAGAGCUAGUCCCACAGAAUAACGAGAAACUUCAGGAGAGUCCAUGCAUUUUUGCACUGACGCCAAGACAAGUGGAGCUGAUCAGAAAUUCCAGGGAGUUGCAAGCUGGUGUGAAAUCUGUUCAGGUUGUGCUAAGAAUCUGCUACACGGACACUAGUUCCCCACAGGAGGAUCAGUACCCUCCAAACAUCGCAGUAAAAGUGAAUCAUAGUUACUGCUCAGUGCCGGGCUACUAUCCAUCUAACAAGCCUGGAGUGGAACCUAAAAGACCCUGUCGUCCCAUUAACCUCACGCAUCUCAUGUACCUGUCUGCAGCGACCAAUCGAAUCACGGUUACGUGGGGGAAUUAUGGAAAGAGUUAUUCAGUGGGCCUAUACUUAGUGCGGCAAAUGACCUCAGCAGAAUUGCUACAGAGGUUGAAAACCAUUGGAAUCAAACAUCCAGAGCUCUGCAAGGCACUCGUAAAAGAGAAAUUGCGUUUGGAUCCAGACAGUGAAAUUGCUACUACAGGUGUUCGAGUCUCUCUCAUCUGCCCGCUGGUGAAGAUGCGUCUGUCUGUCCCAUGCCGGGCUGAGACCUGUGCACAUCUACAGUGCUUCGAUGCAGUCUUCUACCUCCAGAUGAAUGAGAAGAAGCCCACUUGGAUGUGUCCUGUGUGUGACAAACCAGCACCCUAUGAUCAGCUAAUAAUUGAUGGGCUGCUAUCAAAAAUAUUGACGGAAUGCGAGGAUGCAGAUGAAAUAGAAUACCUGGUGGAUGGAUCCUGGUGUCCAAUCAAAGCUGAGAAAGAGAGAAGCUGCAGCCCUCAGUGUCCAAUAUUGGUACUAGGUUCUUCCGAUGUGAACGGGCUGUUGCCCACUCCCAAUGGUAAUGGAGAGAACGGCAAGGUCACCGCCGACGUUGUGGAUUUAACACUGGACAGUUCAUCAUCUGAGGAAGAGGAGGAGGAAGACGAGGAAGACGACGACGAUGAUGAUGGACCCCAACCGAAACGACGCUGCUCUUACGAGAAAGGUUUAGUUUCUGCCUGCUGACUGCGGAAGUAGCUCUGAAUCUCAGAAUGGACAGACUUGAAUACUCUGGUGCUUACUAAACUGGAGAGGAGGGGAAUUUCUCCUUCGCCUCACUUCCCUUCCUCCCUGGUCUCCUUUUGACGUUCCUAUUCCAAGUUAACCAUUAAAACGAAAAAUAAAACCAUUGAGCUGCUUCUUGGUUGGAAAACUACCCCACUAAACAGCCUGACCCGAGCUCUGCCAGCUCAACCUGACCCGGAGUCCGAAGUAAGGAAAGUGUCUUAAGCCAGGCAGCCAGGAUCCAGAGCUAACUGACCUCGGGUGCCAUUCAACAUUACAGUGUGAAUCGCUGGAGUUCCCCUGAAAACCUACAGGAUGGCUAACUCCAGUGCAUCUCCAAAGCUGUGUGCAUUUUUAUUGUCUUGUUAAAUAACCAUUCCUGAUUAUCUAAAGUUUUGCUGGACAUGUGAAUGGGCGGGUUAGGGUGGGAAAGAGAGGGACUUGGGGUGGGGGG